AUGAACAAUUUUCCAAUAAAAUCCAAGCAAGAAUCCCAUCCGAGUCAUGCCUAUGUUACGUUCUUGGCUGGGGAUGGCGAUUAUGUGAAAGGAGUGGUGGGGUUGGCUAAGGGUUUGAGGAAAGUGAAGGCUGCUUACCCAAUUGUGGUAGCGGUUCUGCACGAUGUGCCGGAGGAGCACCGCCGCAUGCUGGUGGAACAAGGUUGUUUGGUCCGUGAGAUUGAGACUGUUUAUCCCCCUGAGAAAGAGACUGACUCUCAGUUUGCUUGGGCGUAUUAUGCUGUCAACUACUCCAAACUUAGCCUCUGGAAUUUUGCAGAAUACAAGAAAAUGAUAUACCUGGAUGCAGAUGUACAAGUUUUUGGCAACAUUGACCACCUGUUUGAGUUAGAACAUGGCAGUUUUUAUGCUGUAAUGGACUGCUUAUGUGAGAUGCAUGGUAAACAGUGCAAGGAGAAGGUUCAAUGGCCUCAAGAGUUGGGUUCCAAGCCCCCAUUCUAUUUUAAUGCUGGCAUGUUUGUUUUUGAGCCCAAUCCCUUCACUUAUCAUAAUCUCUUGAAGGCGCUCAAAAUAACUCCUGCUACCCCUUUUGCUGAGCAGGACUUUCUGAACAUGUAUUUUCGAGACAUUUGCACGCCGAUUUCUCCCAUUUACAACACGUUGGUAGCGAUGUUGUGGUGCCAUCCAGAGGAAGUCGAGCUCGAAAUGGCAAAAGUAGUUCACUUUUGUGCAAAAGGCUCAAAGCCAUGGAGGUACACUGGCAAAGAAGAUAACAUGGACAGAGAAGAAAUUAAGAUGCUAGUAGAUAAAUGGUGGGAUAUUUACAAUGACAAAACAUUGGAUUACAAGAACUCUAUUCUUAGCGUUGAUGGUGAUGUUCAAGUCUCCAAAUCAUCUAAUAAUAAAUGUUCUUAUAUAUGCCCUCUAUCUAAAUUGCACAAAUUACCUUUUCACACAAGCAAUCACAAAACUAACAAAUGUUUUGAAUUAUUACAUUGUGACAUCUGGGGUCCCUGCAAUGAAAUUGGUUCUGAUGGUUCCAAGUAUUUCUUAACCAUUGUGGAUUUAGUAGAUAUACUCGGGCCUAUACCUUGAGACUGAAAUCAGAUGUUUCCAAAGCCUUUUAAACCUUUUGUGCUA